GACUGACAAAAACAAAAUGGCCGCCAAGUUCGUCAUCUUCGUUGCUUUCUUGGCUCUAGCCAACGCCCGCAUGGUCCGUCGCGAGACCAACCCGCUGGAAGACAUCCAAAAGCACGCAGCGGACUUCCAGAAGACGUUCUCGGAGCAGUUCAACGCCCUCGUCAACAGCCAGAGCACCCAGGAGGUCACCAAGUCGCUCAAGGAGGGCUCCGACUCUGUGCUCGUUCAGCUCUCGUCCUUUUCUAACGCCCUGCAAGGCGCUAUCAACGACGCCUCCGGUAAGACCAAGGUAGCCCUGGAGCAGACCAAGCAGAAGAUCGAGCAGACAGUGAACGAGCUCAAGAGGGAGCACCCCGAGGUCGAGCAGCAGGCGGCCCAUCUCCGCGACAAGCUGCAGCAGGCUGUCCAGAACACCGUUCAGGAGACCCAAAAGCUCGCCAAGGAGGUCCAGGCUAACGCCGAAGCUACCAACCAGAAACUCGCCCCGCAGAUCAAGCAGGCUUACGAUGACUUCGUGAAGCAGGCUGAGGUUGUCCAGAAGAAGGUGCAAGAGGCAGUCAACAAGCAAUAAUAACAUGUAUUUUAA